AUGUCGACCGUAACGGUAACGGCCACCAAGUCUGGCCGGAGCAAGAAGGAUGCGAAUCUUCCUCCCGAGAGCGAGCGGUUCCUCAGGUGCUGCGCCGACAUUGCGAACGCUUUAAUCGAGGACCAUGAAGACUCCAAGAAUUCGAGCCGCCCGGCCAAGGAUAUCAAUCUCAAUGGCCUGCGCACGAAGCUCGCCAGGAAGCACAAGCUCCACAACAUCCCCCCUCACAGCCAUCAUUGCCGCCAUCCCAGAACACUACAAGAAAUAUAUCCUCCCAAAGCUGAUCGCGAAGCCAAUCCGUAUGUUCUUGCCACCCUGGGGGACGGAUGCCCUCACAUCGCCUACACGGGAAAUAUCUGCGUCUACUGCCCCGGCGGACCCGACUCCGACUUCGAGUACAGCACACAAUCCUACACGGGCUACGAGCCGACAUCGAUGCGAGCCAUUCGCGCGCGCUACGACCCGUUCGAACAGGCCCGAGGUCGCGUGGACCAGCUGAAAUCGCUGGGCCACUCUGUCGAUAAGGUCGAGUACAUCAUUAUGGGCGGUACGUUUAUGUCGCUCGCGGAGUCGUACAGGGAGGACUUCAUCGCCCAGCUGCACAACGCCCUCAGUGGCUACCAAACCUCGAGCGUAGACGAGGCGCCACACUUGACCAGCAUGCUGCGGUACGGCUGCACGCGACUCGAGGUUGGCGUGCAAUCGCUGUACGAGGACGUGGCGCGGGACACGAAUCGCGGCCACACGGUCGCGGCCGUAGCGGAAACGUUUUGUUUGGCCAAGGAUGCCGGGUUCAAGGUCGUCAGCCACAUGAUGCCGGACUUGCCCAACGUCGGCAUGGAGCGCGACCUAGACCAGUUCCGCGAGUACUUUGAGAACCCAGCCUUCCGCACCGACGGCCUCAAAAUCUACCCCACCCUCGUUAUCCGUGGGACGGGCUUCCCUCGUGCCGCCCUGGACGCGCAUCUACCGCGUGCAGCGCGACAUCCCAUGCCCCUCGUGACCUCGGGCGUAGAGAAUGGCAACCUGCGCGAGCUAGCGCUAGCGCGCAUGAAGGACUUUGGGACGACCUGUCGCGACGUACGCACGCGCGAGGUGGGUAUCAACGAGGUCAAGCACAAGAUACGUCCCAAUCAAAUCGAGCUCGUGCGCCGCGAUUACGCGGCCAACGGCGGAUGGGAGACGUUCCUCGCAUACGAAGACCCGAAGCAGGACAUCCUCGUGGCGCUGCUACGGCUGCGGCGGUGUACGGAGCGGUACACGUUCCGCGAGGAGCUCGUGGGGCAGCCGACCAGCCUGGUGCGGGAGCUCCACGUUUACGGCACGGCAGUACCGGUGCACGCGCGCGAUCCGCGCAAGUUCCAACACCAGGGCUUCGGGACGCUACUAAUGGAGGAGGCGGAGAGGAUCGCGAGGGAGGAGCACGGGAGCGUCAAGAUUAGCGUCAUCUCGGGCGUGGGCGUGCGGAGCUACUACGCGAGGCUAGGAUACUGGCUUGACGGGCCGUACAUGAGCAAGUGGCUAGACGGGAGGAAGAGGUGA